GCGAUGGUGGACGGUGGCUCUCCGUGAAAUGCCCACGUCAGCCGAGUACUCGGAGCCGGGCGAUGCUUGGGCGCUGGCCGUGGGGCCGGCACGGUUUUCGGGACCACUGCACAGAGCAUGGAGAAUGAUGAACUUCCGCCAGCGGAUGGGAUGGGUUGGAGUGGGACUGUACCUGCUGGCCAGCGCAGCCGCCUUUUACUACGUCUUUGAAAUCAACGAGACCUACAACAGGCUGGCCCUGGAGCACAUCCGGCAGCACCCGCAGGAGCCCCUCGGGGGAGCCACGUGGACACACUCCUUGAAGGCGCGGUUACUCUCCCUGCCUUUCUGGCUGUGGACAGUUAUUUUCCUGAUCCCUUACUUACAGAUGUUUCUGUUCCUUUACUCGUGUACGAGAGCUGACCCCAAGACUGUGGGUUACUGCAUCAUCCCCGUCUGCCUGGCGGUGCUGUGCAAUCGGCACCAGGCGUUUGUCAAGGCGUCGAACCAGAUCAGCAGGCUGCAGCUGAUCGACACGUGAGCUGGGCGCUCACUGGCCCAGGAAGCUGUGCUGGGCGGAGGCUGCUCAGCAGUGUGGCUGCAGCCUGACACAGGACAACACAAUCAUGCUGGUGACUUCAGACUCUGGAAGUAAAAUUGUGUCUGUUAUUUGCAUUCUUUAGAAACUUGAACUGAGAUU